AUGUCAGAAUUCACCAUCGUCAAUUCAAAUGAUCCAAUUCCAGGCGAGGGCUCUCUACCCCAAGAAUUCGUACUGAAAGCACACCCCGCCACAGACGUCUGGGCCAAGCCCCCAAACACAUUCUCCUUCAAUGCGCCAAUCAUCUACCAAAUCGUUCCGCUGCAGUCCUUCAAGCGAGCCCGUGUCGCGUUCAAUGCCCAAUGGACACAGCAAUAUGACCAGGGCGGACUAAUCAUCGUCCUGAACAACGCCGACGGAUCUCAGAAGUGGGUGAAGACAGGUAUCGAAAUGACUCAUGGCAAGCCGCAUCUUAGCACUGUUGCGAAGGAUCACUGGGCUGAUUGGAGCUUGCUUUCUGUGCCGUCGGGUGGUCAGGCUGCGACGGUGGAGUUGGUUCGCGAGCCAGAUGGCAGUUUGUGGGUGUAUUUGGUUGAGGGGGUGCAAAAGUCGCCUAUUCGGGAGGUUACUUGGAUCUUUUCGGAGGAGAACGUGCAGGAAACUUGGGUUGGUGUUUAUGCCGCGCGGCCAUCGAAGGAGGGUGGGGAGUUGGAAGUUAACUUUGGACAUCUGGUUAUUGACCUGGAGUAA